AUGGGGCCCCCCCGGGCAACAGGGGAUCAUGGGGCCCCUGUGUCCUUGCCCAAACUCAAAAAAGCCUAUGAAAAAGGUACCAGGGGCAUCUCAUGGGGCCCCCUACAGACCCCGGGGCCCUCGGGCAGUGCCCGAGUUUCCAAAUGGUCAGUCCGCCCCUGACUGACAGUAUCCUGUCUAUAAAGUGCAUGUGCAAUAAUAGUCUUUGUUUUUUUUCUCCAUGGAUAACAGAAAUCUCAAAAUUUUGUGACACCAAAAUAUUAAAGUGUUUUGGAAAGUCUGUG